AUGUCGCCGGUUGCGAAGGGAUUCAUCAUCACUGUCUCAGCGCUUGUCGCUGCUGGCAUCGCAGUCUAUGAAUCUCCCCAGUUUCGGCAAUGGGUUUACCAUCAGCGACGUAAACUCGCGCAGACGCUACACAAUCUAGGGGAUGAGGUCCAACCUCGAGAGUCCUUAUCGCCACUCCGGGAGGAAAUUUCGAUGACUGAAGAGCCUGGGCAGGCGGCUGAGGAGCGAAGACGGGCUAUCCGGGAGGAAUUGGAACGCCGGAGCGCACUGCUUAUGGAGCGGAGUAGAAGGAAGAGCAGCGGCUCACCUCCAUCCAGUUUCGAUGCGAUAGUCGAUCAGGAAGGUCGUUUGUUGGGUUUGGAGGAUGAUACCGAGCUUGCCACUGGUCUUCUUGCGAACUCGACAGCUAUAGACCUUGGAGCAUCGCAGCUGGUCCAGCGUGGCAAACAAGGCACAGCCCCAGACGAGAAUAAGCCGUUGCCUGACACGCCAGCUCCGCAAUCCCGAUCCGCCACUCCUGUGCAGUUGACCCCUACUUCCGAAGAACCAGAACCAGAUUUUGACUUGAUACGCUCACGACCUGAAUCUCGGCGCUCGUCAGUCGGCCAUACAGAGGGUACUUCAUCCACGCAGUACUAUGCUCCUCUAGAGCAGCCACCGCUUAAUGAUACGCACCAAAACCUCCAGUCUCCGUUUUCUGAGUUUUCCGACUUCGAGUCAGUGGUCCAAAGACACCCCGAGCGUCCAUCUACGCCGUCGACCGCUAGUGACUUCAGUCAUGUAUACGAGUAUGCGGCAGAUGAAUCGUCCGAUAGUACCUUGAGUGACCUUGGACAGUUGCGCUCUGGGGCUGUCACCCCGGCCGGCUGGUCAGAAAUUGGUAGCGUGAUUAGUAAUGACGAAGCCAACCAUAACAAUGUCUGGCAUGAGUAG